GACAAGUCCCGCCCCGCAGGCGGCACCGGAAGUGGCAGGCCAGGAUCAGCCUUUAAGAUGGCGUCUCCUCAGGGGGGCCAGAUUGCGAUCGCGAUGAGGCUUCGGAACCAGCUUCAGUCAGUGUACAAGAUGGACCCACUACGGAACGAGGAGGAGGUCCGAGUGAAAAUCAAAGAUCUGAAUGAGCAUAUUGUUUGCUGUCUGUGCGCUGGCUACUUCGUGGAUGCCACCACCAUCACCGAGUGUCUUCAUACUUUCUGCAAAAGUUGUAUCGUGAAGUACCUCCAAACCAGCAAGUACUGCCCCAUGUGCAACAUCAAGAUUCACGAGACACAGCCACUGCUCAACCUCAAACUGGACCGAGUCAUGCAGGACAUCGUAUACAAGCUAGUGCCUGGCUUGCAAGACAGUGAAGAGAAACGAAUUCGGGAAUUCUACCAGUCUCGAGGCUUGGACAGGGUCACUCAGCCCAGUGGGGAAGAACCAGCCCUGAGCAACCUUGGCCUCCCCUUCAGCAGCUUCGACCACUCCAAAGCCCACUAUUAUCGCUAUGAUGAGCAGCUAAGCCUAUGCUUGGAGCGACUGAGUUCUGGCAAAGACAAGAAUAAAAGUGUCCUGCAGAACAAGUAUGUCAGAUGUUCUGUUAGAGCUGAGGUACGCCAUCUCCGGAGGGUCCUGUGUCACCGCUUGAUGCUAAAUCCACAGCAUGUACAGCUCCUUUUUGACAAUGAAGUUCUCCCUGAUCACAUGACAAUGAAACAGAUAUGGCUCUCCCGCUGGUUCGGCAAGCCAUCCCCUCUGCUUUUACAAUACAGUGUGAAAGAGAAGAGGAGGUAGGGGCCAAGCCCCAACCCCAUCCUUUUCCCCUUCCCUUCCCAGAUAUUUAUGUGAAAUUAACUGUGGCUUUAUUUUUUGAAAUAAAAGCUUUAAA